AUGCCUGGAGAUUCUAAUGCGAGUGCUCUGGACGCGUACCCGGUACUGACUAAAUCGAUCUCGUCGGGAUUCAUCGGGCUGCUCGGCGAUGUGCUGGCGCAAUGGGUGGAGUACUUGUUUGGAGCGGCCUUUCCCCCGUGGAAAACAACGGCUAUGGUGUGGCGCUCUUGCGCGGUAAUGAUCGACGGUCUCCUCAUCAACGGCCCACUGCUGCACUAUGCUUACGAGAUGCUCGAGUCCCGUAUGCCGGCCGGGGACAGUAUCCUCGCAGCUAUGACUCAGGUCUGCGUCGACGUCCUUGUGAUCGACCCCGUGUUCGCCUUCAUGUUCGUAUGGUCCACCGGGCUCAUCGAAGGCCGAUCCGUGCGAGGCGAGAUACUCCCCACCAUCGUGCAUCACUACCCGACCCUGGUGCUGUGGCUGAUCGUCAUAGGCGUGGGCUGGGCUCCGAUCCAGAUCUACCUCUUCAACCGCUACCCGGUCCAGUACAGGGUGCUCACGGCUGAUCUGAUCGACCUCGUGUGGACCUGCGUGUCGAGCUUGUUCUCUCACGUCAAAUGA